AUGGCUCACAUGGCUCACACGGGUCGCCAUACAUGCACCCUUACCGGCAGAGCCCUCACGGGCCACCUCAUGGACUACCCAAUGGUGUUCCUCCGCCAAGAGGCCCCGAUGCUUUUGCGCAAGGACUCCUGCCUCAACGAGCGCCAUACAGCAGCCCUCCUGCCCAUGAGGCCGGAGGUCCUCUGA